CAAGAAUCAGACACUAACCGACUGAGCUCCCCAGGUGCCCCCAUUUCUCUGUGUGGUCUGCCCUUGGUGGCCACCUCUCUCUGUGUCUGCUGUCUGGCAGGGUGGGAGAGGAACUGGGGGAGGGUCCUGGCAGCCCUGGGCAGAUGGAGGGGCUUUGUCACCAGUCCCAUCUGAAAUCCAUCUCCUCGAGCCCAGGCGAGCAGGGGUUCAGCCCACAUGUCCGCAGAGUGUAUGGGAUUCUGCUCAGAAGCCCCAGUUCCUCCUGUCUACACCAGGUCCUAGAAUCAGCACCCAUGGGCCAGGACUGGCAGAAGGACACUGGGCAGUGAACAGGACAAAGGCAAGGAUGAGAACGGAUGUUUAUCGGGUAUCUAAUUUAUGCCAGGCAUUAGCACGUAUCACCAGAUACAGGAGGUGGCUCAGUAUGACCAAAUGCCAAAUAGGCUUAUGGGAUUUCAUAGCCUGGGUUCAACAAGAGUCCCUAGCACUAUGAAGAGGCCUAAUAAGGUUGAUCUUGGACCAGAUUAAGAGGAGUAUAGACUUCAGAAUGCAGAAGACUAUAUAGUCUGCUCUAACCAGACUCUGUAACGUGGAUUUGUCCCAGUAACCUGCUUCCUGACUAAGACAGACACGUUCGAUUUGGGGUCAGGAGGAUCUGGAAUCCUGUCCUGUGAGGGCCACCCAGCCUAGAGGAGAACAGUCCCCGAUCACUGCCCCCGUAUCUCUGUGGUGCUGACUGGGAGCAACCCAACCAGAGAGGGCUUCGGGCUCAGAGGACCCAGCUGGGAGCCCUAAGGGACCGGGGGGAACGGUGGCCAGCUGCGUGGGGGGUGAGCCACCCACGGAAACAGGCUGCCUGGGGAAGGGGGCAUGGUGCUAGACCCCUGUGCGUGCCUUCUAGCCACACGGCUCCCAGGCCUCCCUCUUUCGGGGGGGUCCCUUUGUAAAACACCCGCUGUCGGCUUUCAGCCCCAACGCUGCAGGCCUGAGUCCCAAAGCCCUUUCCCUAGGACCUCAUGAAGGUGGAGGUGCUGCCUCUCCAGGCCGUGAGGAUCUGUGCCCCCAUCACUCGGAUGCGGACGGGAACCCAGAUCGGCGGGGGGCCCCUCCAGCCCCUGCUGCAGUGCUAGCGGUCUGAGAAGCCUCCUGGCGGGCCUCGGGCUUUGAGCUCUGGUUCAGGACGAGCUGGGCAGGAGGCCCUGCUAGGUGGUUGCUUCCUCUCCUCUCAGCCCCUGCUGGGCCUCAGGAAGGUGCCCUCCCUGCAUUUCCUGCUCCGGGCCACAUGGGCACUCUGUUUUCUCGCUCCCCGCGCAAAGCCCUUGUGGCAUGGUGUUGACCCCUCUCGGGGUGUGUGUGUUGGCACAAUUGUUGAGUGAUGCCUGUGUCCCCCUCUCCCCGAGUCUGUCACCUUCCUGCGCCUGGCACAGUGCCUGGAGACAACAGGAGCUAACAUUCCUAUAGGGGGGACUCAGGGCUGUCUGUGAAGAGACUCGUUUAAUGGUUGUUGGGAACCCGUCGUUCCUGGGCUUUUGACAAAGUUCCUCCUGGGAUCAGGAGGUAGUGCGCUCAGCACUCCACUUACGGGAACCCCACAGGCAGUUGCAGGGACUUUACAUCUCUGGCGUUGUUUGUCUUGGCCUUAUCAUAAAGCACAGACCUCCUCUGAGUCAUCGGUGCUUUUCCACUCUCUGGCCCUAUUCCCCCGCCAAAGCUACAACCAAUCGCAUUUAGCCAAGUUUCCCCGGGGGCCGAAGGAACCUCCCCUCUCGCUUUGCCCUAUAUAUAUAUCCCUGUGUGACUUUCAGUAAACGGACUUGAUCAGCAACUGCAGACUUGUCCCCUUGUCUCCUUUCUUCCACUCACCCCUCCCCCACAGGAACCAUUCGAAAAAGGGUCGCGGGCCGACUCAAAUGGUCAUUAACAAGCCGUGUUGGGGCUCCCGGGGUCCUACUCUGAGCACCCAUAGGAAGCUUAUGGCCUCUGCCCAGGGUCGCGUGGCCUAUAAGUACCGGAACUGGAAGUCCACCCAGGUGGCCUGGCCUGGAGUCUAAUCUUAACAUUAAUGGGAUUACCUCCAUGUGUCUCCCCGACUGGGUACUCAGGAGGUAUGAGCGCUGUGCCGGGCGUCACCUUCUACAGGUCUGUCACCAAGCGGGACACCCUGGACAUCCGGGGACGGCACCACGAGGCUUCGCUCUGGCUCCCAUCACUGUACAACUUUGCCAUGAAUAUGCACGGCUGGGUGAAAGGCCGGACGAGGCUGAGGGUGGUGGUCAAGGCCGUGGACCCCGCUGCCAGAGAGCUACGGACUCACCAAGGAGCUUACUGGCGAGAUCCAAAUCCAGGUAUUCGAGAACUGCUGCUGCUGAGCCCUGAAAUAGAAGCAGAACAAAUAUUAAUGUCGCCCAACUCAUUUAUAAAGCUUCAGACAAACAGGGAUGGAGCGGCCUCUCUGAGCGACCUGCAAUGUGGUCUCCUGAAGGGCAGGGAUGGGGCCUCACUCCUCCACAAAGUCCAUGUAGCUCCCACGCCCGUGGCUGAUGCAGGAGUGCAGGAUGGCCCCGUCACCCCAGAUUCACUUGUGGGCACUCACAUCACAGCCCUGCUCUUCCCACCUUCUCCUGUCUUCGAGAACCCUUUCUGUGCCGGGGACUCCCACCCCAUCCCCAGCUUUCUGCCUUGGAGCUCCACGAACACCUGCUGCCUCGUCACCAGCCUCAUCUAG